AUGUAUCGAUUGCCGCGUUGUUCGCUACUGGCACUGGACGCAUAUGGUACCAUCUAUUCUCCUAGGGAGCCUUUGGACGUCCAAUAUAACAGAAUUGCUGCCAAUCGGAAUGGAGAGGAGAUGUCCGCAACAGAGUUUAAUGGUCGGUUUAAACAGUCGUUCAAAAAGGUGUGGGCCGAGUUUCCAAACUACGGCAAAUCUCAGCACCUGUCGAUCCAGACUUUCUGGCACAAAGUGCUGUGCGAUUUGUAUCACGGCGACCAGCCGUUUAUUGAUGACAUAAUCAGACAUUUUGGUACACGGAGAGCGUUCCGAGUGUUUGACGACGUUGAGCCGUUUCUGGGGCAGCUGAAACGUGCAGGGGUGCGGCCGUUGGUGGCAUCUAAUGCAGAUAAGCGGGUGUUCAACUUGUUGGCCAACGAGUUCGCUCUUGACAGGUUUGUCAGCAACGAAGAUAUCUUCCUUAGCUACGAUUUAGAAGUUUCCAAGCCAGACAUCAAAUUCUUCCAAUUGAUGUUGCAGAAGGUACAAAGAAGAGGAGCUAUAAAUCCGCAGGAAGCAUGGCAUGUGGGCGACGACCUGAAAAACGAUAUCGAAAGCGCGUUAAAGGCUGGAUGGGGGGCCAUUCUUGUGGACAGAGAUAGAACCUCUGGGUUUUUGCGGAACAUGGAGACAGCUCGCCAGCUCGGCGAAAAGUUCUAUGUUGUUUCUUCGUUGCUCGCUAUUGAGCAGGUUUUAUCGUUCACAACAGCAUCCACACACUCAAACCAAUCAGAACAGCCAGCACGAUGGCAGUAA